GCUUCAAAACAUCAGUCCACAAACCAAUGGGUGACGUCAUGACCACGACGUCCACUUCUUAUAUAGUCUAUGUAAACCCACUUGCAGCUGAUGGACGGACUUCCUUCGGCCUUUCAGCAGCUUGUUAACCUGCGUCUGAACCUGCUGAGGAGAAAUAACCUUAAUUUAAAUCUCCUUAAGACACAAUGACGUCGUCACAGCUCUGAAUCUCUGCUGAUUCUGAGCAUAAUGUGAGUACACAGUCCUUUAAGCCGUGUGACGCUGUAAUUUCUCCCAAGUAAACACACGGAUUAGUGGAGCAGAAGGAGCGUCAACCAGCCAGCUGCACGAUGCAAAUGUUGCGUUUGGAGAUCAGAGAGUGAGAUGAAACAGAAUCCAGAGGCUUUUUAUUAAGUGCAGCUCGCCCUCUGCAUCGAUUUCACCGACUGAAGUGUCUCUGGAGGGGAGCGAUUCCUCCACUGCUCCGUCAGUUCCUCCGCUUUGGGUUUUAACGUGCACUCAGAGACGAGCAGGAGAAGGAUCGGAUUAAACCGCUGCAUUGUCCACAUGUGAAGCAGUGAGAGGAUGCAGCAGCUCCACACCAGAGAGACGAGAGGCUGCGUUCACAGCCGCAGUGUUCACAUCCGUUCAUCUGACCUCUGCAGUGAUGACCUUCAUCACAUACAACUAAUAAUAAGGAAUAAGAAAUAAAAGGACAUCAAGGUUUAUCCCAAAUAAAAGAGUAGAAAACAAUGAAUAAAACCACAACGUAUCAUCUUUAAACAGUUUUUCUACACAUUAAGGUUGAUUUUGUUACCUGUGCACGGAGGUUAGCUAGCAGUCCCCACCUAAGCUAAGCUAACAUAGCUACAGCUUCCUAUUGAGCGUACAAACAUGAGAGUGCUAUCAAACUGAACAUCUGACUCUCAGCAAGAAAGAGACGAAGAAUUUACCAAAAUGUCAAACUAUUUGUGAAAGUUAGAGGUUUCUUUAGGGUUUGUUUUCGAUUAGAAGUGACCAAUAUCAUAUAAAAGAACAUCAGUUAAAAUAAGGAAUUCAUUUUUAUGAGCCAGCCUUGGGACGAUGGAGGAUUUAAUCACAGAAAGAAAAACCACAAUAAGUUGACGGUGGUGGAUUUACAUUAUUGAGAUAAUCAUAAACAUUCUCAGGAGUUGCUGAAACAAUGAUAUGUAGUAUGUAUGUAUCACUGCCAUGGUCGAGGAAAUAGAGCCGGAUUCAUCACGUGAGAAAGAACUCAAAACGUUGCUACUUUUCAUUAUGAUAUAUAAUAAUCUUAUUUAAGAUUCUUUGUUUUUCCGUGCUCAACAUAUUUGGUAAGUUAAAUUAAGUCCACGACGUUUUAGUGCCAUGUUGAGUUUCAAGCAUAUUUAGUUUAUCAGGAUAAUAUCGUGAAUAUAUUGACAUUUUCAUAUCGUCCCAUUCCUCGAGAGGAGCGUUGAGUUGUUUUUUUAACUAUAAGUAGUAAUUAUGAAAUAAUAUUUGAUAUCUUAUCAAAUAGUUUUUGACCUUUCAUAUUAUUUUACCUCAGUCUUGAUCACAGAUGUUUUUGUAACACAAAACCAACCGAAGCAAAACCUGAAUGAGCCCAUUUUCCCGUAGACCUCUAUUGUAAAGGAGUCUGUUGUUGGUCUGUUGUUGGUCUCUGCGUUAUGAAUGCAGAGUCUGGUAUGACACGACAAAUCGACGGAGCAACCUGAAGCACAAGGAAUUGUGGGUAGAAAGACACAGAGUCAGAGUUCAUUCUGAUUUGAAGCUCAUAUUCUGCUCGUUAUUCAUCACAGAAAAUUAUAAAAAUUAUGAACGUUUCUGACAAAAAUCCUUCAACAAGCUCGCUGUGUGUGAGUCGUUUAAAUGUCGUUUGAGAAACAUGAUUACGUUGUAAUUUCUCCUCUUGAGCCCCAAAACAAGAACAAGAACACCCCCCACCCCCCCACCUUUCUAAUCGGUUUCAGCUGAACUCUGUUCUCCUCUCGGUGAGCUGAGCAGGAAAAUGUUUCUCAGGAAGUUCAAAUGAGGCGUUUGUAGAAUGUGUGAUCAGGACUCCACUAGUGGAGGUGUCGUGUGGGUGAUUAUCCUCGUUGUGCUCUGAAGUAACGGACGCUGAGCCAACAGCAGCCGGAAUUAUCCUCUGAUGACAAACAUCGUCACUGGAAUCUAAAGAUCGUGCAGGUUGGACUAAAAGAGAGACGAAGACCAACGAAUCCAUUCUUCCGUUGAAGAAAACUAGAACACAAUCUUUAAAUUCAUCAGUUUCUGUCAUAUUACACAGUUACAUGUAACUAAAUACAUUUGAUGUAUAGUAUAUACUUAUUAUGUAUAUGAAUGAUAUACCUUUAUUCAUAUCAUCUAUUGUCCAUACACCAGUUUUUCAUCUAUUCUUCACAUACACACACAUCUCUAUACUGAAUAUCAAUUCAUUUAUAUAAACUAUGGUAUUACUAUGUGUUUAAUGUUGUACAUAGCUCUAAUGGUACCAGCAUAACCUGUCUAACUAGUCGAACUAGUCUAACCAGUGUAAGCGGUCUAGCCGGUCUAACCAGUAUAAGCGGUCUAGCCGGUCUAACCGGUAUAACCGGUCUAACUGAGCAGCAGCUGGUCGUCCUCUCACGUCGUGUGUUUGUCCUUCAGAAACCACCGGUCUGGACCACGGAGACGGUUUCUACGCCGGGAUGCCGAUCCCCUGCGCCGACAGCUACGCCGGCUUCUGUGUUCACGGGAAAUGUGAGAUCAAGUACAGCACGGCCACCUGCAGGUGUGACGCAGGCUACAAAGGAGCUCAGUGUGAGGAGCCUCAGGACUUCAACAUCCUGUACGUGGUCCCCAGUGGACAGAAGCUCCACUACGUCCUCAUCGCCGCCAUCAUUGGCGCCGUGCAGAUCGCCAUCAUCGUCGCCGUGGUGAUGUGCAUCACGAGGAAAUGUCCGAAGAACAACAGGGGUCGCCGGCAAAAACAGAACCUGGGACACUUUUCCUCGGACACUAACUCCAGGAUGGUAUAGCCGUGACCGGCUGCCUUCUUUUUGAUAAGUGUUUUCUUACGGCGGGGGGGAAACCAUUUUUUAACGGUAGAUGUGGUGUAUUUAUAUUCUUUUCUCCUGGGAAGAAGAAUGAGGAUAUUUAUUUAAGGGGCCUUACUUUCCCUCCUUUUUUCAUUCUUUGGAUGGAAAUCAUUUUGUGUUUCUUUGCCUCCUUUGAGUUGAAGGAGCCGACACACGGAGAACCCGCUGACUCUUCACGUCAUUAACUCGCCCCGCUGGGUUCAUCCCUUCACACUCGAGGUUCUGUUGAAUGCUCUAUGAAUACGGUAUCUGCCCCUCUGGAAUGUGCUAUUUAUUGAAAAUUAUUAUUUCUAACUUUUUACUAAUAAUGUGCAGCUGAUCACCAAAUGCAGUCUCCUCUGUUUAGUGUGUCUGUAGGAGGUGAGUGGUGGGGGGGGCAGUGAUAUAGAUAUGUUUACACUUAUUCUGGAAGAUUUCACUGUGUUCAAAAAUAAUUUAUUAUUAUUAUGAGAAUAAUCUUUUAAAUAGUUUUUACUUCAGAUUUUUUAUGUUAACUUUCAUUUUUAACGUUUGUUUCUUGGAUUCUAGUUCCUGUGUAUUGGCAUGACUUGUGAAACUGUGUACUGUGUAGUUUUAACUUUUUAAAAGGAAAGCCGACGGCCUCGACGCCUCCGGUGGAAACGGAAAUCCACAAAAGUCUGACUGAUGACUGGACGCUAUCGGGGGGGGUUUAGUCGCCGUUGAUUAAAGGAAUGUGUAAUGUUUUACCGGCACCAGAAAACAACAAAAAAAGAAAACACUCGUCAUCGGCGGAGGGAAACAGUCGGAGUGCGUUCCUCUGAAACCACUUCUGCUCUGACAAGGAACACAUUCACGUUGAUUUUGACGGAUUUUGAGGAAUGUUUUUUUGUCCAAUAAACCUGCGGAUUGUAACGGAAGUGCGUCGGCUGCAAACGGAGGGUCGACUCUAAAUUAUAUUUUGUAUGUAGGAAAGUCUUGGCUUGUAAUCGAGGCUUUUCUUUGAAUGUGAGAGAAUAAUUGUGUCUUUUUCUCCUUCUGUUUGUCUUUAGUUUUGCGUUUGCUCCUCAACAAGACAUUCCAAGCUCAGAGGGUCCCGUACAGAAAAUACAACUUUAAUAAUCCUGCAGGAAACACACUUUAGUUUCCUUCUGACCCUGACGUGUGAUCAGAUACAGACGUUAUUGGUGUGCAGCUCACUCACCGUCAUUAAAGUCUCUAUUAGUGUGACGUAAAAACAGCGAAGACAGACGAAUACGUCAACAACAACAAUCCAAACAAUGUCGACAGGAAAUUUACAUCCAAUGAAUGAUGAUGCCUUUUCUGUGUUCUCCCUGAGUUUACUGUAACACAAUGUCGAGUUAUGGCUUGUUGUGUGUUUUUAUAUCAAAAUCCUAUUUCCUUGCAAAUUGUCUGAAGCUUCUCACCAACUUGUCUUGUUCUUGAGUGUAUGAACUCUCCUCCCGUCUCACCUCAGCACCCUCACAACUGGAACCUCGCUCGUAUUUUCCAGCAGUAUUUAAACCUCAAGUCAUGUUGGAUAUUCUCUAAAUGCAAGCUGCGUAUUUCUGUUUAAAGCUGAUUUGUUCCAACAAUUUGAACACCAAAUUUUACAAAGAAAAGGUCUGAUUGUUCUGUCUCCUGAUGUGAUGUAAGGCGAUUAACUAUGCAUGAACUCUACUGCCAUUAACUUAAUAACUAAAACUCAGACUGCAAGACGAGACUGAGGGCCCGGUAACGCCUACCUUGUUUGGUCCGGAUUUUCGGAUGUUUCAGUUUGAUCUGAAACCAAAACUACAGUUGUGAAAGGUGACGAAAAAGAGGCGCUCUCGGUCUGGAUCAACCAGUUCGUUUCUAGGUUGAAAACCUUUCGGACCAAUUACAGGAAGUUCUGGCGGCUGUCAUCAGAAUUAGAAAAAGGAAAAACAACAAAACAAAACGAGCCGUGGUAGCACAUCCGACACAGCCGGUAACGAUGGGAGGUCCGCGACGAUGCCUAGACGUAGGGGAAGCUGGCACGUAGGAGACGAUGUCUGGACGUAGGGGAAGACAGUAUGUAGCCGAUGACAAAGGGACGUGGGUGAAAGGACGUAAGCGGCAACGAAAGGACGUAGGCGACAAUGUCUGGAUGUAGGCAACGACAA